CUAGAGUUAACCCUCUCCGUGCCUCCAUGCGCUGGUCCUCACGUGUCUUCAGACUCUGGCUAUCGUGUUGCUUAAGUUUCCGGUAGGCCUGUGUUGCUCAGUCCAGCCAUGUGUGGUGGCAUGUGUCUGUCUGGGCACAAAGGCCGUGCUGGGCCGUGAGCGACUGUGCUUUUGUGCCGUACCUGGGCUCCUUUCAUUACCUUUACAGCUCACUGGGCCUGACCUGCUCCUCUGCGCCCUCCACACACACAUACACACGUACGCCUGGCUGCCAGCUGGCAGUAUCUGUGGUGUCGUCUUCCACCAGCCAUGCUAGUAUGUGCAUGCGGUCAAGGUAGGCUGAGCUUCUCUUUCGACUGGAUGCAGCCGGCCAGUGUUGGUGGGUAGAGGCAGGAGCGUGAUGGUGCUCCACAAGGCUAUAGCUUAUGCCUGUGUAGGGGACAUUGUGAGCCUAAAGGAGCUGGCCACAGCUGGACUUAUGAUGGAGGCCAUCGUGGACGCCCAGGGGGCGGGGCCUGUCCAUCAUGCAGCUCGUUGCGGUCAGCUGGACUGUUUGCGCUUCCUGGUGACCGAGGCAGGAUUGGCAGCUAAUAGCAAGGCCUUGAACGGGGCCACACCUGUCCACGACGCAGCCGCCACUGGACACAUGCGGGAACUGCAGUGGCUGGUGCAGAGUGCAGGAUGCAGUGUGCAGGAGCAAGAUGCUGCAGGAACCACUGCGCUCCACCUCGCUGCUCGGUUCGGAAGAGUGGAGGUGGUCAGUUGGCUGCUGGCCUUUGGGGGUGGGGCAGAGCAGGAGACUGACUGUGGGGCUCUUCCUGCACACUAUGCUGCUGCAAGGGGUGACCUUACCUGCCUGAAACUUCUGAUUGGCCAAGCUCCAGGAUGUGUGAACCGGCAGACUUUCAUUGGAGCCACUCCACUGUACCUGGCCUGUCAGGAGGGCCACUUGCAUGUGGUGGAGUACCUGGUGAAGGACUGUGGAGCUGAUGUCCAUAUUAGAGCUCAAGAUGGCAUGACACCUCUGCAUGCAGCUGCUCAUAUGGGUCACCAUUCUCUGGUUGUCUGGCUGGUCUCCUGCACAGACAUCAGCCUGUCCAGUCAGGAUAAGGAGGGGGCUACUGCAUUACACUUUGCUGCCAGCGGGGGGCAUCAUAGGAUCCUGGACAGGCUGCUGCACAUAGGGUCAAAGGUCAUUAAAGACCACUGGGGUGGCACUCCUUUGCAUGAUGCAGCAGAGAACGGUGAGAUGGAGUGUUGCAGGGUCCUUCUGAACCAUGGAGUCAACCCUUUGGAGAGAGAUGUGGAUGGCUUCACUGCGGCUGACCUGGCAGAAUAUAAUGGUCACUACGAGUGCGCUAGAUACCUGCACAUGGUAGAGAAAGACCCCCAUAGUGCUGCUCAACGUCUGGAGGACAGCGGCCCUUUAGAAGAGGAGCUGAGAGACAGGCCAGUGCUUUUGUGGCAGCCCACCUCUGGGGAUUACUACAGACACAUCAGUGAAACACACAGAGACAUGGACAGCCUUAAGCACCCGGAGACUGAAGAUACCCCCCAAGCUCGUUAUCCCCCUCCGCCCCCUGCACCCCCUCUCCCUGCUUCCUUUCUUCCACCUCCUUCAUCAUCUGUUUCCCAGGAGAAAUCUAUGGCCAGCAGCAUCCAACAUGUCCACAUGGCCACCUCGGUGGUGAAGAGCCUCAGCUCCAGCAGUCCUACGAGCAGUCCUGUGCCAGAGAAAGGGAAAAAGCUGCUGGGAGAAAUGAAACUGGGAGACAUGAAAUCAAUCACCUCUCUAAAAAACUCUAAAUUAACAGAAAGCUUUACUCCCUCUAAUAAGAUGGUGGUGUUGCCCACAGAAGAAGCUAACCUCUCUGAUAUUGACUACCUGGUACCUACUCAUGAUGAGAAGGGCAGACCUAUAGCUGAAUGGAAAAGACAAGUGAUGGUGCGACAGCUGCAGGCUAGACUACUGGAUGAGGAGGCCCAGAGAAGGAAGGAGAAUGGGAAUAGGUAUGCGAAGAUGGACAGCUGGAGGUACUCUCAAGCACACAAUGCCAUUCUGGGUCCGUUUGGAGAACUGCUGACCGAAGAUGACCUCAUCUACCUGGAGAAGCAAAUAAAAAGUGUCUCCAUGCAGAAGAACUGCGAAGGCUAUGAGAUGGAGCUGGCUCGGCUAGCACAGGAGCUCCGGAACAUACUUCCAGCACCAAUCGUCAACAUCACGGUCAAUACUCAGUACGGAAACCCUAACACACAGAUUCCACUGCCUGUAUGGUGCAAUCGGAUAUCAGGGAUUGUGAAGAGCAUGUCCCUGCUUAUGAGUAACUUGACGGACCAGCCCUAUUGCAAAAUGCCUAACACUGAGCUUGUAAAUGUCUUUUCUCAAAACUUUGAGAGGCAGAACUACAGAGGUCGGAGAGAGAAGAUCGAAAACGAGAUCCAUGAGUUUGGUGUGUCAGUGCGCAAUCUGAAGUCUAACUUUGAGAAUCAAGAUGUUCCUGUCACUGAAAAUUUAGAGAGUACGGAACUGUCUGUGCAAGAGAAACAACCAACUGAGAAUGACUCAAGAGAAACCUCAGAAAAUCAAGAUCCAGCAACAGAGGUGACCCAGGAUGAUUAUGUCGUUGGCUAUGAUGAAGCCAAUGAUGUUAUGGAGACCACAAGCCUGCGCAAGGAACGUAUUGUUGUCCUGUUCUUGGGUCACUGGAAGAAGUCUGCAUAUGCCGUUACUGUCAAAAAUGCACAACGGAAGCACAGCAUAGACAGUCAGGAAAUGGUAGAGAGGAGCAAGUUUCACCGCAAGGCCAGCUUGGAUAUCUCGCCCAAAAAAAUGAUGGAGAAUGGCUCCUUGGGACACUUCUUCAAGCAGAGGAGUGCCAUCAACAAGAUGAUCGGCAACUGGAGGAGCAUGAUAUCUAUUGUCCCGUCUCGGCAGAUCCGCAGACUCAAUCGGCAGCAGGCCCUCUACUCGCCUGAGCAGUUCCUGCCCCGUGUGGAUGGAGCAUCCGUAGACUAUGACACGCUAACAUUGGACCUUUUCAUGCUGGGAUAUUUCCACAUCCUUGAGCUGGACCUUACAGCAGACGAGAGGAAGAUGAGGCACCUGCUGUGCUUCGAGGUGUUCGACCAUGUGGGCCGUUUUAGCUGGGAAACGGUGCGGGAUUUCCACAAGGCUGUGAUCCAGGACAUCGAAGCUGGGAACAGGGAAUGGAAGGAUGGGUUUGAGGAUAUCAAGAUCAGAUUCUUUAGUGAGGCAUCCAGCCAGCCAGAGGUGGGAGAUCUGGAAAAAAGCCCACCGGCAGAGACAAGGCCAGUGCCCAAAGUCAUUGUGCAGACUCCGACUCCAGAUGAGAGUGAUAUCCCUUCGAGAAGCCCAGACAUUACCAAUUUGAGCAAUGAUGAGAUCUGCAAAUACAUUGACAGAAGUUUUGCCUUCUGGAAAGAAAAGGAAGCAGAGAUUUUUGACUUUGAGUGAUAUUGGCAAGCAGUUUUAUACUCUUCUCUUUUGAUACCUUUGUGUAAAAU